GUCAGUGUUUUAUGGAUUUUAGGGUUUUCUCAUUUUUCCCUGCUCCUCUCAGCCACCAAUUGUCAGCCCGACCGCCUCCGCAGGAAUUGGAGGUCUGAACUCUCUGGUUCAGGUUGACCACUUAGCAGCUUGAAGGCCACAAGUGUUGCUUUCAGUGUGCUUUCCUCAGUGCCGCCUUCAUCCGUGCGGACCCUAACACUAGCAGCAGCUGGAAGUCUCUGCCUUUUCUUCUACGAAGAGCUCUUCAAUUGCUUCUGGUCGGAUCUUAUUAUACGGUUUUGAAGUUCUCUGUGCAGAGGGUUCUCUUCGUUGUUUGUUGUUUGGGGCCCUAAAACUAUCUUGGAAGUUUGAAACAAAGGCUGAGAAGAAGUUCCUAAUCAAAGCUCUAUUUUCAUGGAUGAGGCAGGCGGUCGUGAGGAGUUCAUUUUUUGGCCUUUCUACUGUAACUUGGAAAAGAAGCAUAUGGCAUACUGGCGUUAGAGUGAUUGGUAUUGAUUCUCACACGUCUGGAUUUCCUAUUAGGUGCUUUGCUGCUCGGAGAUCACGCACUUCACGUUCAUCAAAAGCAAGUCUUAAGCCAAAAAUGGCAGACGAAUCUGAUGCUUUUUACGUUGUUCGGAAAGGUGACAUAGUUGGCAUCUACAAAAGACUAAGUGACUGUCAAGCUCAAGUUAGCUCUUCGGUGUGCGAUCCUUCAGUUAGUGUUUACAAAGGUUACUGUUUGCGCAAGGAAACCGAAGAUUACCUUGCUUCUCAGGGGUUUAAAGAUGCUUUAUACACCAUGCAUGCAUCACAUUUAAAGGAUGAUAUGUUUGGUAGCAUUGUGGCUUGUCCUUUCCAGCAACCAGAUGGACUGGCAUUUUUGGUUGACAAGACGCCAAAAGGGCCUUCUGCCCAGAAGAGAUCACAAGAAGUGGGGAUUGCUGGCUCUAGCGACAAGCCAACUGCACCAACAAAUAAAUUUUCUAAAACAGUUUCCAGUGCUGAAGGCCUGCCAAUAAAUAACAAAACUGGGAAUGCUGGCUCUAGUGACAUGCCAAUUUCAUUAUCAAACAAGCUUUUCAAUUUGGCUCCUAAUACUGAGGCUCAGCCUGGCAAUAAACUUAUGACCUGCAUUGUUGAAUUUGAUGGCGCUUCUAAAGGAAAUCCUGGAAAGGCUGGUGCUGGAGCAGUACUGAGAACAGAAGAUGGGAAUGUGAUUUCUCAUGUUCGUGAAGGCUUGGGUAUUGCAACUAAUAAUGUGGCUGAAUACCGCGCCUUGAUUUUGGGCAUGAAAUAUGCUCUCAUGAGAGGCUUCAAGCAUAUCCGGGUGCAAGGUGACUCGCAAUUAGUUUGCCUUCAGGUUCAAGAGCUCUGGCAAACUAAGAAUCAGAAUAUGGCUGAUUUGUGCAAAGAGGUGAAAAAACUUAGGGAUAUGUUUCAGUCAUUCAGCAUCACGCAUGUCAGAAGGGAGUUCAAUGCCAUUGCUGAUAAUCUGGCAAAUUUAGCUGUUAGUCUUCCAGUGGGAGAAAUUUGUGAAGAUUUUGGACCAGUGAGUUGAGUGGUGAUUUGAAGGCACUUUCUCCCAUAAUGUUUUUAAUUUUCCAUCCCUUUUUUUACAUACAUACCACCCAUUUUUUAUAUAUUUAUAUAUC